AUGACAUUGAAAUGGCGAUUCUCUGCACAAAAUAUAAGUGCCACACCUUCCAUAUUUAAUGGAACAAUCUAUUUGCCAAGCUGGGAUGGCUAUAUAUAUGCAAUUAAGGCGAGUGAUGGAUCUGUGGAGAAGAAUGUUGAUGAGCUUACUGGGCUUAACGGAAUAGCUAUUUUCGGGUCGAAUGUGUCGUUCGCAAGAACUACCUUGACAGCCGCCGGAGACCUUUUGAUCAUCAGAAUUAAUGGGCCUGCUGUUGUUUUUGUGGUUAAAAGAAAAACUGGUGAUCUGGUCUGCAACAAUGGUGGGCUUCUUGUCUUAGUGGUUCUUCUCUCUGCAUUAGGCCUAACUCCUACAGCCAAUGCAGCUUCAGAUUGGGUAAACCAUGGGAAAGAUCUAUAUAACAGCAGAUAUGCAUCAGAAGAGGUUGUGAUAAGCCCAGGAAGUGUUAAGAAAAUGGAGUUGAAAUGGCAAUUCUUUGCAAAAAGUGUAAGUGCAACACCUUCCAUAUUUAAUGGGACACUCUAUUUCCCAAGCUGGGAUGGGAAUAUAUAUGCACUUAAAGAGAGUGAUGGAUCUGUGGUGUGGGAGAGGAACGUUGGUGAGCUUACUGGACUUAACGGAACAGGUAUUACCGGGUCGAAUGUGUCAUUCGCCAGAGCUACCCCGACAGUCGCUGGAGACCUUCUCAUUAUCGGAAUUUAUGGUCCUGCUGUUGUUAUUGCGGUUGAAAGAGCAACUGGUGAUCUGGUCUGGUCAACUAAGCUUGAUAGCCAUCCAACAGGUCUUAUUACCAUGUCUGGGACAGUAUACAAUGGAUCUUUCUAUGUGGGAACAUCUUCAUUAGAAGAAGCCCUAAAUGUCAGCCAAUGCUGCACUUUCCGAGGUAGCCUGUCCAAAUUAAACUUCCAAACUGGCACAAUAUCAUGGCAAACCUAUACUCUACCAGACAAUGGUGGUCAAUUGGGAGGCUAUGCAGGAGCUUCAAUAUGGGGAAGUAGUCCCUCCAUUGAUGUAAUCAGAAACCAUGUUUAUGUUGCAACUGGAAAUCUCUACUCUGCUCCACAAUAUGUAAAGGAUUGCCAAGCAACAGAGAAUAACCAAACAACCCCAACUCAGUCAGACAAGUGCAUUGAGCCAAGCAACCACGAAAAUUCCUUCUUGGCCUUUGAUAUGGACACAGGAAACAUCACAUGGUAUAGGCAACUAGGUGGGUAUGACAUAUGGUUCUAUGCUUGCAACAAUCUUUCAACACCCAACUGUCCACCUGGUCCAAACCCAGAUGCUGAUUUUGGUGAGGCACCCAUGAUACUCACCAUAUUUGUCAAUGGAACUAAACGUGAUAUUGUAGCUGCUGUGCAGAAAAGUGGUUAUGCUUGGGCUUUGGACCGUGACACUGGUGACCUCAUCUGGGGUACUUUUGCUGGACCAGGUAGCUAUCUUGGAGGAGGAACCUGGGGAGCAGCCACAGAUGGUUUGAGGGUAUACACAAACAUUGACAAUGGUAAUCAAAAGAAUUUCACCCUUACACCAUCUAAGCAAAACACAACAGCAGGAGGGUGGGUGGCAAUGGAUGCUUCCACAGGUGAAGUCCUAUGGUCGGUAGGGAACCCGAGCAAUUCUACCUCUUACGGUCCGGUUACCGUCGCUAAUGGUGUUUUGUUUGCUGGAUCUACAAAUUCACCAGGGACUAUAUAUGCAAUGAGUGCUGAGAAAGGGAAAAUAUUAUGGUCAUAUGACACUGGUGUCUCUGUAUAUGGCGGCAUGUCGGUAAGCAAUGGAUGCAUCUAUGUUGGAAAUGGAUACAGAGGGAUUGAAAGUGCUAACACCUCAGUCCAUGCCUUCUGUGUUAUUGAUGAUUGAAUGUAAUUGUGGAAUAAACUGUUUCUAUUGCCUUUGAUUUGUUCAAAUAUGUGUACUAUAUUUGAAGGUUAUUUUUAUAU